AUGUGGUCGUUGACCGCCAACGAUGUCGAUCGCAUCCUUCUGGAAAGAAUCAAGUUUGUCGAUGUGCCUGAAUUCUUCACGUGGGAUCGCAAGGAGCGCAAGUGGAACGCCAGGAAGCGCCAGAGAAUCAGAAUGCUGGGAAACCUUUAUCCCGUCUCUCCAAAACACGUGGAGAAAUGCAGGCUCCGCGCUAUUGUUCAGCACAGGCCGUUUAUUACGAGCUACGAAGACACAAGAACAGUUGAUGGCGUCGAGCAUCAGUCCUUCAGACAAGCGGCGGUCGCAAUGGGACUCGCCAGAGACGACCAAGAGCAUAGGAACGUCCUGGAGGAAGCUAAAAUGGGCGCAACCCCAUUUUCAAUGAGUGUUGUUCUUGAUGCUUUAGCUCCAUGCUGGCCCUGCGCAGCCAAAAGAACUUUUUGA